GCUGCUGCGAAAGAACACGUGGAUUUCGAUAGCCUCAUCGUAUGCUUCCUGUCUCACGGGAAAGAAGGCCGACUCUAUGCCAAGGAUAAGCACUUCGACGAGAAGAAAUUGUGGAACCGAUUCUACGAGUCUGAGGCUCUAUUCGGGAAACCAAAGCUCUUCUUCAUUCAGGUGAUGGAAAAGCAUUCCGAGACUCUGGAUUUGGCAAAGAUGCUCACCAUGGUUGCACAGAUCAUUGCUUUUGAUUUCAAGUCCACUCACAACGAAUCACUCAAGAAUGACAAGAAGCAGAUGCCGACCAUUCGUAGUACCCUCACUGGGGAAGUUUACCUGAAACGGAGACCAAAG